AUGGUGGCCAUUGUAUUGUCAAGUGCAGACAACUCGGUUUCAAUGGGCAAUAAUGUAUCGUUGGCUGGGGCAGGAGAGUUAUCGGACCUGCAGGAGAGCUCACUUGGGAUGGUGAGCGACGAGGUACGUCUAAUCUUCCAGGCUAUGAACUUUGCUGUCAUCUGUCAGCUGAUGGAUAUAUUCGGUACUUGCACAAACAUCGUCAAUGUCGUUGUUUUCGUCAAGCAGGGGUUCAAGGACAGUGUCAAUGUCAGUCUGAUGGCAUUGGCAGUGUCAGACCUAGGCAUGCUGGGAACUCUGAUCUGGCACAACCUGUGCUUCAACCCGCUGUUCCAUGAGGCCGACCUGCCGUUUGAUUCCAUAGAGAUGCAGUACCUGACAGGUGGGUGGCCCCACGUCGUCUUCACCCGCAUCACUAGCUGGAUCACCGCCUUCAUCACGCUAGAGAGGUGUUUGUGUAUAGCGCUACCCCUGAAGAUCAAAUCCGCCUUGACGCCCAAGCGAGUGACGGCCAUUAUGGUGACCAUAUUCUUACUGCUCAUCGGUAGCGUCUCCCCGGUCUACUACGCCAACAGAUACGGACUCAAGUUCUUUCCCGACAGAAACAAAACCCUGAUAGGUCUGAUCUACACCCCCGACCGGGAACAGGUGGAGAAGGUCUCUUUCACCAUCAACAACAUCAUCAUACCGUUCACCGCUUUCCUCACCAUCCUGGCCUGCACCAUCGUGCUGGUGGUGAAGCUACGACAGCAGACAAAAUGGCGGAAGAAUACCAAACCGACUGCGCAUGUGGAUACGUUAUCGUCACGUGAUCAGAAAGUGACGCGCAUGGUGGUGAUGAUUUCCGCUUUGUUUAUCGUAUGCUUCACGCCAAUCUGUGUCGUGUUUAUUGGCAUGACGGUGGAACCUGAGUUAGCCAUCAACGGCAAGUACCACAACAUGUUUUUUGUCGUGUUUUCGUUCGGGUACAUCCUCGAGUCCACCAACUCCGCCAUCAAUAUUUUCAUCUACUACAGAAUGAGCUCGCGCUACAGACAGGUAUUUAGGCAGAUUUUUUGUAGAGGUGGUAAGGUGGUCAAGCACAACACCAGACCCACUAACACGAGCGAGACGGGUUCAAAUCUUCCAAGGCGUUCACAAGCGCUGGAUCUGAAGGAGGACAUAGAUAGAUAA